AUGUUUCUGACGCCACGGUCGGUUUGCGUGCUCGUGUGCAACGCGGGGGAGUUCGGACAGCGGCGAGAUAGCGAACAUUGUGGUGGGGUUGAGGAAGACUGCCGCAAGCUGGAAGAAUUGCGCGUAUGCGAUUGGCUGCGAUCGAUAUCUCUACGGGUUCCCGACAACGACGUCAUUCUCGUCGCAACCAAAUGUGACCUGGCGGGUGGGAACGCACGGGAAAUUGGCAGCAGAAUGGAGAAGACCUGUCGAACGUGGCUAUCGGGCUGGGUUCGCAAUGGUAUGCAGCCUGUUCGGUUGGAGCCCCACGUUUGCCUCACGAGCUGCUUCCCGGUACGAGUUGAUAAGCAUGGCGACAAGAACGCUGACAACCAUGGAUCGAAGGGGGGCUGGGCAUGCGAUUGGCGAGACGAGGAAGACGAUCAACCCCCGCCCAGUUUUCUUCACAGGCUCGUCAACAAGCCUGACGGAAGGGGUCUCCGCGGAACCCAGAUGGUGCUUCCUCGCAGCUGGGAUAUCGCCCUCACUUUUCUGGAAGCUCUCGAGCAUGGACGAGAUCCCGUGGAGGUGGUAGUGCACAAGUCUCCCGACCCCGACGGAGAAGACGCGGCGGAAACGGCAGAGGGCACGACAGACGUGUAUCAGGGGAUCACGGUCGAGGAGCUGGGCACCAAAUGGCAGGAAACAGUGGAUGAGCUUGAGCGGAGAGGAAUUACCGUUACAAACGCCAAGAAUGCUUUGGAGGGAGCUCUCUCAGUCAGGGAGUUCGACGGAUCCCUCGUCCGCCACGAGAAGUUCGUCUUUUUGGAUGUCGUUUGGCUGGCGAGAAUCCUCAAGCCCUUGCUCAAUCACAAGGACCAGGAGACCUUCGACGGCCGUGUGAAUCUUGGGGACACGCGCGACACACCUAUCACACUCGACGAUCCGUCAGACAUCAAAUCGUGGGACAGGCUCAAGAAGGAAGGCGUUCUUGAACCCAGGUUGGCGUAUGCCAUGUGGCCGGAUGGUCUGUCGGAGUAUGUCCUCCCCACUCUUUCAUCCUUGGGUCUCACUUUCCCACUCGAAAAUGAUCCUGAUGUAGGCCUGGUGGUUCUGUUGAGGCUAAAGCCAAGCCGCCCCGAGAGCGUCGGUAAAUUGAUCGAUACCUUCUGCUCGGGGCUCACCCCGGCAUUCAGCGUCAGCUGGAAGAUCUUUCUCGGUGUACCGCCUGGAGCGGUGGAAAAGGUGUUGACACGGUGCUGCGGUCUUGGCGAUGUGCGAACAUUCUGGCGGUAUGGGGUGCUUGUGCAUGGCAGCCUCGGCGCUCAAUAUGGGCGCAGGACGUUUGCUGUGGUUUUGGAAUACUCAUCCACCGACAAUGAGCUUACUGCUAAGAUUUUCGGUGAUAUCAGCACGCCAGCUGCAUGGGUGGCCCUGUCGUACGUCAUGUCGGCCGUGAAACUGAUGCUGAUGGAUUUUCCCGGACUGCGCUGGAAAGGCUCGCUGAAGUGUCCUCAGCAUGGUGACGCGAUGCUCUUUGUCGAUAAGGCGAGAAGCGGUGGAGACACACUUCUGGAAGGCAGUAGAUGCCCACAAUGCAGUGUAGACACCCUCGGGCUCGGGUCAGCGGCGAUCGAUCUCGUGCGCUUUGUCGACAUCCGACUGGACCGAGACGUGAUUUUCAAGGAGGUGAAGGCGAGGUUCGACGACCUGGACAGCCAGUACUCCUUAUCUUGCCCGACGGAUCCUUCCCAGGAGGAGGGCGAGUUGAUUCGAAAGAUCGACGACGUGGCCAGGGCUGUGCGUAGCGUGAAGAAGGAAAUGAAGGACGGGUUCAUCAUGAUAUCGGAAAGGUUGGACAAGGUGCUGGAGAGCACCCAGGAAAGCCUCAUGCGCAUCAGGAACCUGCAGGCCCCGAACUACCGUUACCCUCGCCUUGUGGUCGUCAAGGAAGUUGGAUCUGAUGGCACUGCAUCGAAGGCUCAUGGGAAGAAGAGCGUGCUGAGCAAGCUGCGUCGUUUAGGGAAGAAAGAUAUGACACUUCACUUCUUGUGCCCGGUCGACAUGACAAAGGUACCGUGCGGCUAUGGUGGUGAAGGCUAUCGAUUUCAGGAGACGCGUGGCUGGGUAAAGAAAAUAUCGCCUGUCCUUCAGGUGGCCGUGGUGACCGCGAAGGUGGCGCUCAACGCAACGACAGGGCUGGACGUGGACAUCUCGAAUUUCCUGAAGGACGUGAAAGAUGGGUUGGUCAAUGAGCUAGUCGACCGGACUCUCGACGACGCUCUGCUCCGUGCUGUUUCGGGUGACGACGACAUCGGGGCAGAGUUGCAAAGGGAUACGAGGGCCUCGUAUGAAGCGCUGAAGAAGUUCAUGGACAAGGAACAAGUUGACAGGGUUAAGAACGCCCGGGAUGGUGAUGGCUACAUCGACUUCAGGGACGAGAUGAAGCGUGUCACCGAUGGGAGGGGCGGGAUGGUGUGGGUUCGGAACGACAAUGUUCAAAAGUGGUUGGACUCGCAUUCGAUUGCUGCUCCAACUCGCUAGCCGUCGGUCUUGUUUGGUGCAGCGUAUGCACCUGAAACCACCCUCACCGUAUUCUAUCCCUUUGGCGGACGUUGUUGUACCCAAGGGGUCCAGACUAAUGUCGGGUAUUUACCUUGAGGGAAUAUUUCGACUUGGGAGAACGAGCGCAUCUCGUUCUGUGGUUUGUCGUUGUCGGUGCCUGUCCGUCAAGUUCACCCGAAACACCAGGGCUUGGUAGAGGGGGUGCUUGUCCAGUAUCCCGAGAAUCCACGCAUUCCGGUAGCUUAUGUACUAGGGCGGGAGCUUUUCGCACAAAUGGGGGAAUUCUUGCAGGCUAUGGUGGGCACCACACGAUGGAUUACGAGAACGUUUUUCUUCCACAAGUGGUAGUGGUGCAAGCAGGAACGCUACUUGAAGAGUUUCACUGUAAGAGUAACAAUCGGUAGGGCCAAGGGGGGGCACCUGCCUGCUAUGUCCAUAAAGAGGGACAGUCGAGCUCAGUGGUUGUAGGCCUUGAACGUGUCAUUUUCGACAUGCUAACCGGACGCCACUACCUACAACCAAUCACUGUGCAAAUCACGAAAUUUUCUACCCUACACCGUGGUCACAGAGACUUACUGUAGGUGCUAGAAUACGAAGUGUAAGGGGUGACCUCCUGUCGCAAUGGGGCGGCGGUGGUUGAUGCCGGGAGGUCGUUUUGUUGCGCUGUGUGGAAUGUUGUUCCCGUCUGUUUUUUUGUCCGCUUUCGUGUGUCUCACACAGAACAUGGUGUUCGUUUGUUUUGUUGAUUUGUUGUGCCCCCUUCCCAGAACAGGGAACAGGGAAGUCAGCAUUAUUUCCUGACUGGCCAACCACAAUAUCGUUCCUGGAAACAAUUUCGGCCUCCCAGGUUCCUUCUUAUUGGUGAUUACGCCGCACCAUGUCUUUGAUGAACAGCAAGGGUGGACGGAAUAGGUUAUCCCGCACACUUACCUGAAUGAAGUAGAGCGCAGGGCCCACUUUGAGAAUAUAAAAUGU